AUGGGGGAUGUGACCCGCCAGCAGCAGCGCGGGCAUGUGCUGCCACGAGAUGUGUUCAAGACGCUGGUUCGUUUGGAAGCCAAGGUCGACUGGCAAGUGUCUGAAGUCGACAUGGCGGACCAGCUCCAUCUUCCGCACUCGUACGUCGAUCCUGUCGUGACGCUGGCGUCCCAGUUCAAUGGCCCUGGUCCUGGCCAGUACGACCCCGCCAAUGCGUCCACGCUGGGACCCCACGCACACUCUGCCUCGUCACAUUCGACCACGCUCCCGACGUCGUCGUUCUCAACGACCACGAGACGUCAGCUCUUGUUUGAGCCUCAAUAUGUCAAGCCACACGAAACUUACCGCGAAGGACCGUUCAGCACUUCGCAAUCCACAUCCGCCCUUCCCCCCUCACUGUGGCCCCACAACAAGUACUCGGACCCCCGCCGCUGCAAAGCCACCACUCGACCUCUUCCUCGUCGACGGAAGAAUUCACUUCGCUCCACCAUGACCCCACUUCCUGAUCCCCCCCCUCCCUCACCCACGAAACCAAUCAAUGGGGACAGCGUAGCAUUUAGUUUCCCCCGAGGGCAUCGCACGGACUUGGUCUCGCACUCUACCCCCGUUGGAGUGAGCGCCGCUACGUACGACGCGCAGUCGACGUGGACCGAAGAGGUGGAACCGCCGCGAGUGGUGGUGGGGUUCCAGUCGUCGGUGGUUCGAGUACCGAGGUGGAUGCCGAAUCCGGACGUGCUGGCCCCAGCAGACCAAUACCGCAAGUGCGUCGUCGUGGAACGCCGACGACAGGUCUACCCACAAUCGAAUGGCGAUUCCAAUGCCCAUAGUAGUUUGGAUAGUGAUGGCCACGAGACCUCGCUUCAACGUGUGCCGGGAAAUACCUUUGAUCCGUUCCAGUGGCUUCGCAACCAGCCCGACGGACUGGACAAAGUGAAAGCCCUGAACGCGCGGCUCGUCGAGCUCACUACAAGCGACGCCCCCAACCAAUCCCGCAAUGUUGAUGCACCCCCAACGACAAAUGCAGCCGACUUCUCCGACAAGGGAGCUGCUGACGACUGUGUCGUCAAGCCCAUGGCUAUCACUGUGGUCCUUCCCGCGGGCCUCGCGCUGACGUACCGAGUACCGCCCACCCGAUCCGUGGCAAGUCUCAAGCACGCCAUUGCAAAGAAACUCACGACCAAACGGUCUCGAGAAACGAAGGACGUGCGUGACGACAUCGUCGUGCCAGGGAUGCUGACGCUGUACUUGAAAGGCCUAAAGCUGGUCGACACCAACGACUUGGGAGGGAGCGGCGUGCAGGAUCGAAGUAGCCUCGUGUACGUCGAGGGUCGACGCCUUGCCACGUACUAUGUGUUGCAGCACAUGCAUAACGCGAUACAUGUGCAGAUCCCGGAGACGGCGUUCAUCGACGAUGAAGGGGUGAUGGUGGACUGGUACUUUGUCAUGCAAUCAGAGCAGGUGGUGCGCAAGAAGAAGAAAAUUCAGCACACCAACGUCAUGUUGUUUGAGUUGCGGUUGCAAGAGCUGGCGGCGGCUCGUGGGGCGUCCGACUUGGCCGUGCUCUGGGACAAUCAGGUAGAGCUCUUAAACGAGGCGGCGCUGGAUGCGCUGGUGCGGACGCUGUGCCUUCGCGAGUCCAACAUGAUGGCACUGAACCCCAACUUGAGCAUUCCUCGCAAACACGGCCACGGACGAUUUUGUCUCCAGGAGUGUCACGCCCCGCGCGGCAACUGGCGGUACGUCGCGCGGUACCAUCAAAAGGCCGUCAACGUCAUUCAAACGCCCUACCUUCGAUCAAUGGAUAUCACUCGCAUCGGCCAAGACAAAGCUCCUGCCGAUAUCGAGGCCAUCCUUCGGCAGAACGACAUGACAGUGGAGUGGACGUUUGCUACACCUCAAGGCGGACGACGGGAAGUGCCGUUUUUGAUCGGUGCCCAACGUAUACGAGGGACGGACGGCGUUGUCGACACCGCGAAGUCCGAACCGUUCACGAGACUCAAGAGGGAGCUGGAAGAUCUGCGCCUGCCGGCUAAAUCGGACACUAGCGACGUAGCAGUGCACCCGCGCCAGGUGGUGUGUCGACACUGCCGAGAGCCCCGCGAAGUCGAGCUGAGCAAAGAGCUCGCGAAAACACACACGUUGCUACGGCAAGCGCUCACAAAUUUGCAACAUUCCCAAGAGCAGCUCGAGGCCGCUCGGGUCGAAGCAACUGGUCUCAAGAAGAAAGUGGCUGACUUGGAUGUGACCGUAUAUGAACUCCACAACCAACUCAAGCGAGAAGGCUCGCAAGCCAAGAGCACGAUCCAGUCUCUUCAGCUCCAGCUGGAUGCGCAAAUGACACAGGUGCAAGAUACCCAGGAAGGCAUCGCUCAAGCCCAAGUCGCCACCAGCGAAAUGGCGGCAGCUCUCGCCGAGGCUCAUCGGCAGCUUGCCCAAGUUCGCACUUCGGCGGACGAUCAAAUUAGUGCGCUAUACGAUGAGCUCAAACUAAUGGAGGGCGCGCUCAACGACCGGGACACCCGUGUGUGUACACGACAGACCCUGCGCGGCUUCGCUGUAACCAAAUCAAUGAUUCUUGACAUGUGUAGCUGAACCAAGCCAGCGCCCGCCUGCGAAAAAGAGACACGGAUCUCGACGAGGCUCGACGUCUGCGUGACUUCGUCUUCCACCGCCUCGCGGACAUGACGCAGCCAGGAGUGAACCCGCCCAAGCGAUGCGCCGGCGGCUUUGGGUCGUACCCUGUUCCUACGUCGGCCAACGUGGCAGAAGUGGUGAAGCGACUUGUAGAUACUAAACCGUCGUGGACGUUGCUGCCCACGCGCAGCUCCGUCGAUGUAAAUAAGACAUUGUAGUACAAGUGUACAUACAGCACCACCUCAAAUAAUACAACUAAUAUGUAAAGGG